AUGCAGAAAGUUUUCAUAAAGUUAAAAAAUUAUAAUAUUUUAAAGAUAGAAAAAAAAUAUGGUGGCACAUCUUUGCUAACAAAGAUUGGUCAAUCUUUCAACCAAGAGAAUUUAAAAAAUAUGAAAAUGAAAUUAAAUUAUGAAAAAGACCCCUCUAGUACAUUUAAAAGUGGAGAUACUAGUAUAUUUAAAAAUUUUAUUGAUAUCUUUAAAAGAACUAAUAUAAAAGAUAAAUUGAAAAUGAAUGAUAAUGAAAAACAAGAAAAAAAAUUUUUUGAACAUUAUAUGAAAUGUCUAAUGAAAUAUGAAGGAAUUUUUACUUACAGAAAAUUUCAAUUAUUUCUAAAAGAUUUAUGUGAUUAUUUUAAUCUUUUUAGUAUUCGAUACAAAUAUAAAAAAAAAAUAAAUCCUCAAUUAGAAAAAUUAAAAAAGCAGUAUGAAGUAUUAAACUCCUUUUUGCCAUAUGAAUUGGAUUCAGAUGAUUAUAAAAUUUUUCAUAACGAAAGUAAGAAAUACUUAGCUCAAUCAUGCAAUGUUGAUGUUAAAUUUAUUGAUGAAUUAUUAUUAUUUCAUGAUUCGCUAAAAACGGAUAGGACGUGGUUUUAUAGAAGAAUAUUAUUAAAAAGAAAAUUACCUGAAAGCUUUGAAGAAAGAGAAAUUGAAGCUCCGUAUGACAGACCUGUUACGAAAACUUUUAAUUAUAAUAUAAAAGAAUCAUCAUUAGAAUAUGAAGAAUAUCUUAAUAAAAAUUCUAGAAAAUUAAAAUUUAAAAAGUGGUAUUCUAAAAAACAUCCAUGGUUUAGAAAAAACACAUCUGGUAAAGAUAGGUGGAGGAUUAGACCUUAUACAAAAAAAUUUCCAUAUUUGUAUUAUUCUCGUAUACCAAAAUAUUUAUAUUUAUCUAAAAAUAAACCAAAAAUUAAAAAUUAUUAA